CUGGAAGCGGAGGUGACCGCACGCACUCUGGAGAUGAUUGCCAAGACGCUUCUGUUGUCAGCUGCGGUUGGCGUAGUGUGGGCUAGACUAGCCCAUCAGACGCCCACCCUCCCCACCCACCUCUCUCCUGAGUCCUGCCCGCCCACCUUCCACAACAACCACCCCUUGAUUCUGGUGUCGGUGGAUGGAUUCCGCGCCGACUAUAUUCUCCGCGGGAGGACGCCGACCAUCGAGGCCUUGGGUGCCAGCGGCGUCCGGGCACCAUACAUCAAGCCUUCCUACCCCACCAUAACCUUCCCCAACCACUACACUAUGGUCACAGGACUCUACCCUCCGGCCCAUGGGAUCGUGGCCAACAAGUUCUACGACCCGGUGUUCAGGUCGGAGUUCAGGAGAAAACGACCAGACAGCUACACGCGGCGCUGGUGGGGUGGUGAACCCGUCUGGAAGACCGCAGAGAAGCAGGGCAAGCGAGCAGCCACUUUCUUUUGGCCCGGGUCGUCGGUGGAGGGCAACCGACCCUCGAUGUGGUUCAGGUACAACAUGUCCAUCCCCUUCUCACAUCGUGUGGACCAGGUGUUGGCCUGGUUGGACUUGCCACCCUGGGAACGGCCGGCCUUUAUGACGCUGUAUAUGCAUGAGCCAGACCGCUCCGGCCACAACUUUGGACCUGAUUCUCCCCAGGUGGACGCGGCACUCAGCCACGUAGAUGCCAUGGUGAAGCGCCUGGUGGAGGGACUGGCGGCCAGGAACCUGCUCUCCUGCGUCAACCUCAUGGUCAUGGCUGACCACGGGAUGGCCACGGCCGGCCAGCAGAGGGUCAUCCGCAUCGACAAGUAUAUCCCCAACGUGAGGAACAGGACCAGGUUCUGGAACGGCGUCUUCGGGAGGAUGACCCCCAAUGACGCCUCGCCAAAGACCAAGGAGGAGAUGCUGCGUGCUGUAGCCUGCAAGAGACCCGAAAUGCGAGUGUACGAGAAGUCAUCACUUCCAGUCAGGUGGCACGUCGGGCAGCAGCGGAGAGUGGAGGACAUUGUGUUUGACCUGGACGAUGGCUUCCAGGUGGCCAAAGACAACAAAUACAUCGCUGACGCUGGAGACCACGGCUACGACAACUACUUUUCAUCCAUGAACGCGAUUUUCGUGGCUCACGGUCCAGAGUUCCGGCGUAACGUUGAGGUGGAGCCUUUCCAGAACACUGAGCUCUAUAACCUGAUGUGUGUCCUGCUGGGGGUGAAGCCUGCUCCCAACAACGGUACCUGGGGCGCCCUUCAUCACCUGCUGGCCAACCCUCCCCCACCACCAUACUCCACACUUCAGGAGGUCCCACCACCUGUAGCAGAGGUACGCAUAGACGACACUCUGGACAACAACUACUCGAACCCUGUGUGCGAGGGAGACCUUCUGGAGGAUGAAGAAUUCCUUGAGGUAUUGCAGGAGGCCCAGGAGGAGGCCCCCGAGGUUAUAGCCAAGCACUUGCCAUGGGGUAUCCCUCAGUUAGGCAAGGCAAGGGACAGCACUCUCCUGCUUCUACAACCGGAGUUUGUCAGCGCGUACUCAACCCUGGUGAAGAUGCCGCUGUGGACAAGUUUUCACCUGGACCAGACCAACAAAGGGAGCAAGACCUACCUUCCUUGGCGGAGCGACGUGAGGCUCAGAGCGAAGCAGAGGCGCUCCUGUCAACACUAUCAUUCUCUGGCGCCCCUCAAAAUAUCCCCUCAGCCACUCUUCUCUCCAAAGUUCAGUUCAAGAGAAGACUGCGAGCAGCUGCCCUACCUCAUCACCAACGCCGUCCCCUUCACCAACUUCCUGACGCAGCGCUGGCAGGAGCUGCUCAAGUUGGUCAAACAAUGGUCAUAUAGGUACAGGACCCUCAACGUCAUCACGGGACCCGUGUUCGACUACGACACCGACACCUUCGCUGACGACCUCCGCACUAUUAGGCCUGGUGGUGGAGAGGUGGUGGUGCCGACCCACAUGUUCCUUGUGGUGAGUCGGUGCUCAGUGUUGGUCAGCCACGUCUCCCAGUGUCCCCACGACCACCUCGACGCUCUCGCCUUCGUGUACCCUCAGAGCCUCGCUGUCUCCAACUGUCUGAGUGCAGAAAGAUUCGCCCAGGAAUUCAGUGCUACAGUCCAAGACGUGGAGAAGAUCACAGGUCUUAAGUUUUACCCGAACUUGAACUUCGAGGAUCAAGUGAGACUGCAGGUGAGGAUUCACUCCAACAUCUGGGGCCGCGAGUCGUGGCUCAACAGAAUCCGCUCAGAUAUCGUCACCAUCUCUAAAUAGAUAAUGCUGGACGAAGCAUUUGCAAAGCAUUCGAAUUCCCCUUUAAAAUGUUGAUGGGAAUAAACCUAGUAAAGUAGAUGUGAGGGAAAUGAAUCCCAACUAGCCACUUUAAAAAGAAUCAGAAACCUGGUGAAGCGGUUUUAUAAGAUUCAAAAUAUGUGUUAGGAAUGGCAAAGGAUUGCAAAUAUAUGAAGUAGGUUAAUGGAAACUGAUGCCUAGACAGCAGUUUCUAUGGAGCCAAACACUCAUGAAAUCGCUAGGAGACGGAUUCUUAACUAAAAAAGUGCCAACACAGACUUUAGAGUAGCCAUCCAACCCACAAAUUUGGAAAAUGAAGAAUCGACGACGUUUCGGUCCGUCCUGGACCAUUGUCAAGUAUGGACAUCGGCAAUUCUUCAUUUUCACAUUUGUGGGUUGGAUAUCUUCAGCCACGUUAUAGUGACUCAAACUUCUGCACCUUAGAGUAACAGUGAACGUGUUGAAGUUACGAGAACAAGUAUUAAUGUGAAUGAGGUUCACUGGUGGGGUUGUGGUGUUCAGAGCUACGAUUCCUGAGCAAUAAGCAUGAGCGCUUGUUACUCAUUCAUUUCGAAUCUGAAUUUACAAUGUCUAGUCACCUCGUGGCAUCUUCUGAGUGGCUUUUGAACGCGUCCGUGAUGCUUGGCGAUAUAUCUUCAGAGUAUAUUGUAAAGCCGGUAUAUUGUAGAGUAUAUUGUAAAACUCGUAUUUCACAUGUUGAUAUGUGAAAUACGAGUUACAAUUGAAUCAAAGCCUGAGUGGAAAUAGAGAUCGGCAGCGGAAGGGACACGUUUGAACUGGUCGUAGAUAAAUAGUUUCUGAAAGUGUAAAUUCUGUAGAUUACAAGUUCGUAGAGUAGAACCUUUUGUAAAUAGAACCUGUAAAUAAAUACGCACUCCUUGUA